GUUUCCGCCUUCAUGGCCACUGCUCAACGGUCGAUCUCACCAUCUGCUCAAGUAACGACGCCAGCGUCCAUACAAUCGACAUCGACCCCGGGCUUUAUUCCAGCUGAGACCCCGCGAGCGAAGGGCAAACGCAAAGCAGAUGAAGUGGACACCACGCCUCCGGAAGCGAAGAAAGAGCGUGAACAACGAGCAACUUUCGCUGUUGGACCUCGUCCCGUUCGUCCAUCGAACGCGACAACGACAACAUCUGGCCACGCUCCAUCUUCCUACCACCGUCAAAAACGGGCGCGUCUUUCCGCGUCCUCAGAAUCUCCGUCACUCUCCCGAUCUUUAGCCUACCAGGAAACAGACCAGCAUGGCAGCUGGCCUAGUCGACGAUCCACAGGCGCUGCGCGACCUCUUUCUCGAUCCCAGUCGGUUCAAUCCCAUGCGCAGACUGCCGGCGGCGCGUCUUCGCAUAGGGCGCCGUCCCGACGCAGCUUAUCUCAGGCUUCCAUACCAUUAUCUGCACUCAUUUCUCCGCACGCGCCAUCCGUGGCUAGAUCUGGCGGAGCGUACCACAUGCGGGAUCCCCACAAGCCUCCGCGAAUCCAGCCGACGGCGUGGGCCCUUUCUUGGGGUGAGAUAAACUGGCGUGCGGAAAAAGCGGACCGCUGGCGUCAUUGGACGGAAGCUGGAGGUAGCCCGUUGCAUGCUUGGCUCUUCUUUAUCGGCUUUGUUAUCUUCCCGAUAUGGUGGGUUGCCGCUUUCAUUCCGGUGGUUCGGACGCGUCGCAUUGGAGAAGGGGGGAAGGAUGUCAUUCUUGACGAUCCUCAACUUGAGUUUGGUGAGCCUCUUCCAUUCUGGUUGUUGCUGGACCUGAUCGCAUUCUCAGACGCAAGAACGUGGCGGAAGAGAUCUCGCAUCAUGGCAGUGGUCUCCUUCGUGACAUACAUUCCGUUCAUUAUUCUUGUUGCUAUUUUCGCCUAGCACUUCUUGUCUGUGGGCGGGACUACGUCAGGUAGGCCCACCGGACUCACAUUCCUUACCAGUUACGGCCACUAAUCUAUUUCUACACUUACUGACACCAAUGCAUUCUAUACCACCCACUUACGCGUCGACCCUAUAGAUGUGUGAUCCUGUACAUCUCACACAAUGCAGAGGUUAUGUGCGCAUGGACUGGGAAACAAAAACACGUCUAGAAACAUAUGUACAUGUACAAUUACAUUUGUAUUCAGGUAAGGAUGUGUGUGUGUGUGAUAGCGAUGAAGUGGAAGCCAAAAAACCAAAGCAAACGGACGGACAUACGAUAAGGCCAAGAAAGACUGGA